AUGGUUGAUGCUCAAAAGCUGAAGAAUGUUGAAAUAUGCUGUUUUCACGUAAGUUUUUCGUUUUUAGCUCAUAACGUUUUGAAAAAAAACAUAAAUUGUGAUUUUUUCGCUAUUCACAUUUUUUCAGAUGGAACUUCAAUGUCUACAAGCUUCACCAUCAUCAGAUUCCGUCAACCUAUCGCUAGCUCAAAUGUCUCAACCUUGCUUCAAUCAAAUGUCUCAACCUUGCCUCCAAAAACAGGCGCUCACAUCCUGCCAGCGGACUUAUAUCGACCUAUUCGAAAAUAGCCCGCUACAAUGGAUUCACAAUUGUUUAAUGUUAAAUUUGUUCUUUUUUUUCAUGUUUGAUACUUUCAAAGAGAUAAUAAAUUAUUGACUUUUCGAAAAUUUUCGAAUUUCUGAGGGAGAGGGGAAGCUACGGUGUAAUUACACGGGAACAAGCGCUGCUCGCUGCAAAAAUCACGUCGUGCCAGAACAAAGGGAAAAGAUAAUUUCGUGGAGACGCAGAGAUUUUGUGUGGUCUCGCAGCGAUGCACCUGGGGGACCGGGGAGAGUACGGUUUGAAGCUUGGUCUCGCAGCGAUUCACCUGAGGAACCGGGGAGAGUACGGUUUCGGCAAUUGGUCUCGCAGCGAUGCACCUGGGGAACCGGGGAGGAGUACGGUGUCUUUUUUUCUCUGCGUCUCCUCGGAUUUGUGUGGUGGCACGACGUGAAAUGGCUGUGUAAUUACAUGGGAAGGUGUGUGUAAAUGCAUGGAUGAUAAGGUGUAUUUAGGUGGGAAGCAAUCGCUCCUUCCCCCUUUCCUCCCGUGAACCUACACAAAAUGUUCGGUGUAAUUACACCACCGAUUGCUGAGUAGGUUACUGAUAAAGUACAAGAAAUUUUUGAACAAAUUCAAAUUAUUUCAGUCAAUCAAGAACGUGGCGGACUUCGAAGCAAUAAUUCGCAGAAAAUUGGGGAAACAUAUGAGCGAGGGAGAGAUUCUCAAAUGCAUCGAGAUGAGAAGCGACGAGCAAUUUGUGAAAUGAAUGCGGUAAGUUUCUACAAUUCAAUAACGAUUCUAAAUAACUUAAUUAACAACCUCUUACUAAUCCAAAACUCUUUUCCAAAACUAUCUCAUUCAAUUUUUCCCGAAAUUUUCCAAUAAGAUUGUAUUCUUACAAUUGUAUACUUGUUAACCAUUACCGUUCCUACUUUACAGAACUCUUCACAUCGACAAUCGAGAAACAUACAAUGUGGAUAA